AUCCAAAUAUCCGAUAACUUAUUAGCAGUAGAAAUAAGACAAUAUAAUGAAAAGGUAAACAUAGUUUUAAUAAGUAUAGCUACAAUAUAGCUAGAUAAUGCAGAAGCUAUGGUAGAUAAAGAAAGCGAAUUUGAUAGACCGGUAUUGCUUUUAUUUCCACUGCAGUCACUUUACGGUGGCACUGUAUGAAAUGCAAGACAGCAUAUCAUCCGAUGCCUCACGAUAUCAAUUUUUGUUAACAUUUUUUUUCAAUAAUUCAAUGAACUGGCAUAGGAUGGUGCACUACAAGCAAACACGCUAUAAUGUCAUUAGCUGGAAUGAUUGAUGCAAUCAAAAAUAUAAAUGGAUAUUAUAUACGGUGCUUUGUGAUCGCUGUAAUACGGAAUAAUUUGUAUUAAAGGCAAACUUGGGAAUAGUUUCUUGUUGAAUGGGUUAACUGGCGAUUUGAUUGAUAGUGAAAUCUAUUAGUAUAUAAAGGUGAAAUAUAUGUUCUCAUUUGAAAUGGAUAUCAUUUUGCUUUUGAGGCAAAGCUGUAUUGCUUGAUUGAAUGGUAGCAUGGAACUUAGAUAUUGGGAAAAUAUUACAGCUUAGGAGGCAUUAUAGAUGGAAUUUGAUAAUGUUCGCUUAGACAUGUUAACAUCUGUGUAAAUCAAAUUUGCAUACACAUUUCGGUUAGCAAUGUCAGCGGAAACAGACACGGACAAUGUUUGCAAAGGGAUUGAUGGAGCAGUUGAAAGUCUAAUUGAGAGUUCAACAUUGUGUGCUGCAAUAGCUGAACCGGAACAGUUUGCGGAUGAAUACUGUGAGGAAAAACAUGUUGAGAAAAGACGUCCUCGAAUAAAACACCGUGCUAAUUGUAAGGAGAAGACUAUCAACUGCAUCAAAAUAACAUUAGUUUAUAUGUUGUCAUACGUUGGACUCACCUGCAUUGUGAUCGGAUAUUCUAUAUUAGGAGGAUUUUUAUUCCGUGCUCUUGAGGAGGCUAACGAAGCGAAAGUUGAACAAAAGGCGUUAGAUUUAAGGGAAGACCUAUCUGAAGCAAUCAAUAAAGAUGUUUUUACCUCCUUUACAGAGUAUUCUGAAAGUUUUCAAUCGAAAUUAUCAGAAGAUAUUCAAUACGAAAUAAAUACAAAUAUAGAAAAUUUCAAGAAACAGUUUACCACCCAGUUACAUAAUUCUCAGCAGCAGACGAUAAACACAACAGAUUUUCGAAACCAAAAUAAUCAGACAAUUAACGCUCUAAAUUAUAUCUCAGGUAUGCUCGAUUUCAUCGAAGAAAUCUUCAAUAUUGAAAGCAAAAAGUUUAUCGCCAAUACGAGUAAAUCUCUUCAUGCUAAGAUGCAAAAAACUGUGUCCAAUUCUCCGUAUAUAUUUUCUCUAAAUGAAAGUAAAGUUCAUGUUUUUCAGACCGAUACAUAUGAACUUGUUAAUAUUGAAGGAUGGAAUGGUGUUGACCCCAACUCAAAAGAGGGUGCUAAAUGGACUUAUUCCGGUAGUCUUCUAUAUGCUGUAACGGUGAUUACAACUAUUGGAUAUGGAAACAUUACACCAAAAACGACAUCUGGAAGAGCUAUUACCAUUCUAUAUGCAUUAAUCGGAAUACCGUUGACCGUACUAUGUAUAACCAACAUUGGAAGAGGAAUGGCGUCAUUUUGUCGCGCUGUUUAUGGUGGGACCUUCUGUGUAGAUUGUCGACAACAGUUCUUUAAUUCAAUAAAGACACGUCGAUUUAGCAUGUACACAGCAGACGAAAUCGAAUUGCAAAAAGUAGGUCAAGGUCAAGACUGUGAUUCUAAUACAGAAGUGGUUGUGCAUAACAAACACGCAGAAAUUCCAAUAUACAUAAGCUUGAUCUUAGUGACCUUGUAUAUCCUCUUUGGCGCCAUAAUGUUUCAAUUCUGGGAAGAUAAAUGGACACAUUUUGAGAGUGCAUAUUUUUGUUUUAUAACGUUGAGCACUAUAGGAUUUGGUGAUUUUGUACCAGGGUUUACAGAUAAAGAUUGGGACAAUCAAGUAAAACAAAUUGCAUGUUCUUUGUAUUUGUUAAUAGGUCUUUCUACUUUAGCAAUGUGCUUUGACCUUAUGCAACAAAGAGGAAAAGAAAUUGCAAAUAGUUCUGCAAAAUUCAUUGGUCUUGUAAAACGAUCUGAUAAAGUGGAUUAUUCUAAUGUUUAAAUAUAUGUGUUUAUUUAAACGUUAUAUAAAAUGUUUAUUGUUUAUAAUUAUAAUUGACUUAUGAUCUAUAUUAAGGUGGCUUCAAUUUAUUCUUAACAAUUUCUAUUAAAUUUUAUUACUUC